UUGGUUCUAGCACUUCCGGAAGCUACAUUACGUUAUGGACUAUUGUGCUCCGAGGGACGUACACAAAACUUUAUAAAAUAAGAUUGUUCUGUAGUGCUCGACUUAAAAUAAUUUCUACAUAAGUAAUUUAAUGAUUCCAUGAUGCAUUAACUUUUAAUAAUUUUUUUCUGAAAGACAAACUUUAUGCAUUCGAGUUUUAUUAGAUAAAGAACAUCAGCAAAGAUGAAAAAUACGUAAACAACAUAAGAGAGGAAGAAAAAUAAUCAGUAAUGCAAAUAUACAAGUUGAAGAAGCAUGAGAAGAAAAGUUAUUAGAGUGUGAAGUAUGAAAGAGGCAUAAAACUGGUUACAUUAUACUGGCAGGAAACACGCGCAGUUAUUUUAUAGACUAGUUGAAUAUUAAGCAGCUGGAGGCGCCUGCACUGUUAUUGCCACCAUCAAGAUGCAACAUGCGAUGCAAGGAGGAAAUAGACUGUCGGGAAUUUAGUUCAGAUGCCUCCGCGUUGAGAACUUAAUACAGAAAGAAAUAAUAAAUCUAAAGGAGAUUGAUUGACCUGUAAAUGAUCGAGGCUGCGUAAACCCACACUCCAGGAGGAUCGUAAACCACUGGGGAUACAACUUAAACGCUCAUAAAAACAUUAAAUAGCCAGAGGCGAUACUUACAAAACCCAUAAAAGUAAAUUGAAACAACUUAACUCAACAUUAAAUGGUUGGAAGAGACAGUAAAGAUUCUCGUCAAUCCAUAAAUCAAUACAAAAGGGAAAAGUUUUGUAUGUGCCAUCACCCUGGGGAGGAGUGGACAGUGACGGCUGGCUGACACACACACACACACUCACUCACCCUCGCAGACAGCAUCCCACGAGACAAUCACGACAGACAGCAGCGAGACAACACGCAGCUGGAACCCUCCUCGCCUACUGUCUCUGAAUGGACGUCGUUAGUGUCACGAGGCUCUGACGGACAACGAUAAGCAACGAUAAGCAACGACGACAGAGGGAGCGACGACCAGACUCCGAAACGACGGAAGAUUAAACCCGGUGACCCCCUCAGUCAACGACGCCGGCCGCUGCGACACGUCAACACCGAGAAACACGACGCGAUCGACGGAAUCCACGACAGCGGGAAGGAAGCAGCGGUGAAACUAACAUCCAGACGGAAACCCCCCGCCACGACAGACAGCAGCCAAACUGACCUGUCGAUUAGAAAGGACAUAAGAGACAGAUAGAGAGAAAUAAGAUAGACAGACAGAGAAAACGAGAGAGAGGCGGUACUGCGGUAUUUAUGUGUUCUGGCGAUAGAGUGGAGCGUGAUGUUGUGAUGCCGAGAGGGAGACACGAGGCUGGCCGACAGGAGAGGGCAAUGGCCAGCGUGAGGAGCAGCGUGUGUGUGAGGCGGCUGAGUUGAGCGGCGGCAUGGGCGGGCAGCGGGCCAUGUGGGCGCUCCGGGCCGUGCUAGUCCUCUCCCUCGGUUCUUGUCUCCUCUGCGUCAGGACCAGUGAUGGUUCACUGGCGGGGGAGCUUCGCCGUAUGACCAAGACGGUGGUGGAGGGCGAGGCACUACCCAGGCCAGGAGCCUCUACUAGGGAGAGGGAGAUCGCUGCCAUCUUCAGGGGUGUAGCUUACGGUGCCCCCACCACCACCACUGCCCCUCCUACUCCUGCCGCUGCACCUGGCAAUGAUCAAGUGUUCAAAAGUUUGCUACCUUCAGCGCCUCCUCCAACACCUGGGACCGAUAGUAAGAGCUACAGCCCACGACAACCCACCAACCGCACAUCUAAGGUGCCCAAGAUCGAGUACGAAGUACCCAGCGGUAAAAAAGACACAUCAUACCAAGUUGAUGUUGUGCCAACCUAUGGUGGUGACUCCGGGACCACCCCGGGGGCCAGUGAGCGUGUCAUCAGCGGCUCCUUCACCACCACCACCACUGUUGUCCUGGGCGAGGAUGGGACCAUCAAGAUAGACACGACUGUUAGUACUGCUGAUGUCCGUAUGAGCCUCGGCGUGGCCUGGUGGGCGCACGUGUACGUGUCCGUUGUGCUGUACACUCUACUGGCCAUAGCGUCCUUGUGCCUCAUGGCGCGCGCUGCUGCUGCCACACGCCUCCUGCCACGGCCUCACUACCUCACCCUCCACUUCCUUGUCUUCCUCUCAGCCUUCUCACGUGGACUCUACAUCCUCCACGACGCUCACGCCAUCCAGCACCUGCUGCCGGCGACGAUGCUCGUGGCUGUAGAAGAAAGUGGGUGGCCAUGUUUGACGGCGGCACUGGCAGUAAUGAUAGUGGGCGUCGUGGUGGCGUGGCACCACCCACGCCGCCCCUGUAUAGCUCUCACCAUCACCCUGAUCACCGCCACGCAUCUUGUAUCACUUCCCGUGACUCACUUCACUGUGGGCUUGCUGGAGCUUGUUGACCUGCCUAUCAUGUUGACCACGAGAGUCGCUACUGUGACCUGGGGUGGUGCGGUGGGAGUGGGUGGCAUGUGGGCGGUGUGGCCGGCGAGAAGAGGUCAUUCGUCCCAUUUGACAGACGUGGUGGGGCCCGGCCAUGAAAGCUGCCUUAGCGUAAGCCCGCCCGCCCACCUGGUGUUGGUGGGCACCAUCACACAGCUCCUCCUGGCCGGCAUCAACCUCUACGUGUUAGUAGUGCCUGUGUCCCCAACAGACCAAGCGUGGGAGUGGUGGUGUCGCCUCACUCUCUCCCGCGGGCUAGAAGUGGUGAUGGGCGGCAUGCUGCUCACAGCCGCCGCCCUCACCAUCAGCCAACCCGGUCAGUGCUGCGCCCUCAACUGCUACUGCUGUCAGAAGAGGACGGUGGAGAUUGUUCAUCCCUCUGCAAUCAAAAUGAUCCAUCCCCUGGGAGUGUACACACUGCAACAGGCCAGACCCAAGAAUGAACACGCUCAGACUAUAGCUGCUUUAUCACUCAACAACUACCAGAAGGUGAAGCGUGAUCACAAGAGCCUAGACUACGUGACUUCAGACUUUCAGUUAGUGUGGAGCCACGCGCGGCCGCUCACAGCAUCACAAACAGCUGGGCGCCUUGAUGCCGGCGACGACUUUCUUCAGCUUCGUGUGGACAAGGACCAAGACCUCCCUCGGGCCCAUAUACUGCCCCUUACCCCACGGAAGGCCAUGAAACCUCUCCCAACCUCCGAGGUCUUCACGUGUUCCCUCCCAAGUUACAAAUUGUACGCGGCUGCUCCCGAGAACUGUUACCACUUUGACGAGGAGACCAAGGCUUCCCUGGAGCACGGGGUCCCUCACACCAAUGACACGGCGGUCCUCUCUAGCAGCAGCGACAGCAGCAAGCUGUACUCCUCGCCGCAGGUCCCACUCAGAGCCAGUCGUAGCUGGGACGAGCUCUCCACCAGUCACAUAUACGAGGAGCCGCAGCGAACACUGUGUGGGUCGAUGGACGAGGGGCUCUCUGAUCUCUCUGACGUGAACGGCCUCUCUGACCUCUCCGACCUGCCCACCGAUUACCUUAGCGACAUCCUCUACAGCGACACCGGCAGUCCAGUCAUGCUGCGACCCCCCCAACGCGCCAGGAGACGUCAACCUGUUGCUUGUUACGUCGCCUCCAAGCAGAUCACAAGUCGACAGCCACUCACACAUGUCAUAACCACUCACCAAUCCACAACCACUACCACAACCCCUCAUCAAACCACCUCACAAGAACCCACAACCCGCCAGUCCACCAAAGUGAGAGACCCGCAGCCCCACCCCCUUCCAGCUGGUGCUAACCCGUCCCAGCCAACCAGUGCUCAACCACCCUCCAUAAACCGCAAGACAACCAAGACCUCCACAAAUCCUCACCCACCCACCCACCGCCCCCUCCACUACCCUCACCCACCCACACAAUAGACGUCACCAGAGGCCGUUAUCUUACUUCCGGGGCUGCCCUUUAGAUAUCGACAGAGGUUCCAACUCGACCCCAGCCGCCCUAAAAGGUUGUUUUUAUAUGAUAUCACUUAACUCUAGCUUGUCUGUCAUUAUGAAUGUGACCCAUAGAAACGCUGUCAUGUUAUAACCCUACCACUGGCGAUAAAUAGAGGGUAGCCCUUAUAACGUCAACACAGCAGCCCCCAGACAAGACAUGGAUUACUCUGUUUUUGGGGUGUGUUGUUGAAAAAUUCCGGGAGCAACAGUAGCGUCUUCUUGUGUCUUUAUAAUCCAAUACUCUCGGCUCUCCUGAAUGACCUUCGACCUCCUGUCUUCCUAAAGUUCACAGAGGCAAAGGAAUAUCAACCCAUGCAACCAUUUUUUUUAUCUACAACUUAAAACCAGUUAAAAUAAUACUCCCAACCAAGCUUUAAUUAUGACAGGCUAUACACGUGUCCUAUACUGUAUAUAUAUAUAUUUGUGUAUGUGUGUCAUGUUAUGUAAGAACUCUCCAAGAAUGGGAUGUGUGUGACGUAUUGAGAACCCAAAAGUUCGUCACUGACCAACACUGAUAUGUAACAAUAAAUAACAAAGAAACUCACACCCACUGGUCAGUUUUCUUGCCUCUGUGGACUGAAGAAACAAUAAAACCUCCUCGUCAGACAACCCUCGCUCACACGUCAGCCUCCUGGUAACUUCUGGUACCGACGUGUCAUUCGUCUCACUGUUUUACUGAGCUAACCCCCCCCCCCACCUCCCACUGUUGUAUAUCCCGCCCCCCUUCUGUUGUGUCUCCCAGGCAGUAAGUAACAGUAGUGAGGGGCUCAUUCCUUGCUCAUUCGAGGCUAAAAAAAAAAAUCACUAUAAGUAGCUGGAAAUCGUGCAAAUUCUAGUCAACAGAGAUAGAGAAAAGUUCCCCUCGACACUAUAUAUGACAAGUGACAUCCCCAAGUUCAGAAUAUUAUAAAUUAUAGAAUAUCACUGAGGGGUAAGGUUGGCACUGCCUCGUUCAGGUAAUACUAAUGUAGAUGAAAUACCCGAGUGUUAAAUAGAUUUGAGGACAAUAAAAGAUUAUAUACGUUUGUGGAUAUUAAUAGAUAUUUUGAAGGAGGAGGUGAGAAAGUUUGUAAAGUUUUUGUCGAGAAUAAAAGCUAGA